AUGUAUCUUUCAACUAAACAACCAAAUCUGUCAGUUUUGACAGAUUCAAUCAGGGACAUACCAGCAACCUCUACUCAGAAAAUCUCACAUACUCUCCCUUUGGCAGCUCUACCACUCUCAUACGGAUCUCCAUCCUCUAUAACCAAUAGUACACCUAUCUAUUCGCAGAUGGCCCAGGUUGACUAUAAUAAAAGCAAAACAAUUUGCACUGCUGUGCUUAUUGAAGACAAUGAUGAGAAUGCAACACCCCAAGUUUAUAGAAGAGGCACCACAAGCCACUCGGUGAUCUAUCACCUACCCUCUAACUUUGGAGACUUAGACAGAUUUCUUGGACCUCUACAACAGGUCUACCCCCGUAGAAUAGGGCGUCAGCUCAAAACUAAGACAGAGAAAACACAUACUGCAAUUGAGUUAUGUCUCUCUAAUGAUAUUUACUGUAAACAGACAGGCAGAGGCACCAUCCAAGUCAGCGAUCAACAACUUCUGGCCAUACCUGCCAUUUCGGCUGACCUGAAACUUUUCCUUGUAAAUUUGUCAGGUCUUCCAGCAGAUGACUACGACAACAUUGCAGCUCAACUCAGAAAAUGUCUGAGUCCAUAUGGAAAUGUCUGCGAGACAAUAAUUUUUGAAGAAGGCCAGCACCAAUGGUUCAAGGGAAACAAAUAUGUCUAUUUGGAGAGACCUGUGGUCUCACCCAAGGUUUGGGCUCAGCUGACUUAUCAAAUCAAGUACUCCAAAAACAUUCAGAUAUAUGGAACGUGGGCAAAAAUGGGGGAUCAUUGCGUAUUUUGCAAGCAAAUGGGGCACACCAUUGAUAGUUUCCCAGAGAGACGUAAAAAGAUACAUACUUGUCACAAUUGUGGUGUUGCUGGCCAUAUCCAGAUCCACUGUAUCAGAGAGCCUGCCACCAAUCUUCAUCAAAAAGCUCAACUUGAUGAAAACCCAAGAACUUUACUUCAAGCCACAGAAGCAAAAACUGAAACUAUGCGAAGGCUAGAGACACAAUAUCUUAUUGACCAGCAAACCAAAGCCGCUGCUGAUCAGAUCACUUCCAAACAGAAAGCCACUGAAGAAGCCUUCCAGGCCAGUCUACUAGAUGGGUCACUCAAUGGUCCAGCUCUGAAUGGCUUGGAGAGCAAUUCACUAGAUGUUGUUCCUCAUGGGCAUAAUCCAAUGGGGAUAAACCAUAAUGUGGAAAUGACAGACAAUAAAAAAGCAAAAGACAUACAAAGAUACAACCAACAGAAACGAAAGGAUCUUCUAAAAGAGGAGGCCAAGAAAAACGUUCUCCCCUCAGGCUCAACAUGCAACAGAAACAAAAUCAAUAACCACUAUGUAUAA